AGCCCAUCGCUGCAGCCCUGGUAUAAAGGCUGCUCUGUAUAGAAAUAAAUUUGUUGAUGGAUUUAUUCCGGCCCCAACAGCGUACUAAAACCACUUCAGCUAGUUAAGCGGAGGGACUUGACCAGUACAAAAACCGGAACACUCACAGCCAAAAAAUAGGGCCCUCAAAGCGGGGUAAAAUGAAAAGUGAACUCCGGAGCAAAACAAAAACUGCUGACAUGUGCAACGUAGCAUGGAAAAAGAGGAUUUUCUGGGACUACUUGCGGGCAAGUGGUCGAAGGACCUGGAUGCCUCUGCUACUGGUCCUUAUCCUCAUCGGUAGCUCCUCAGCCGCUGAACCCCUUAAAGUUAUAUACGCCGUAAACGCUGGCGGAGAUGAGCACACGGAUCUAAAUGGCGUCCAAUACGAUGCGGAUCCUUUGAAAGGCAUUGGAAUCGCUUCGGACUACGGCAAGCACCUGCUGAUGAUUGGCCGGGUGCAGGAACAGGACGAAGUGCUCUACAGGACUGAACGCUAUCACACCACCACUUUCGGCUACGAUUUACCCAGCGAUGGCGAUGGAGAUUACGCCUUGAUAAUGAAAUUCUGCGAGGUUUACUUCGAUGCGCCGCAGAAGAAGGUAUUUGACGUGCUCCUCAACCGGAAGCACACGGUGGUUCGGCAGCUGGACAUCUACAACCAGGUCGGGAGGGGCUCGGCCCACGACGAGAUCGUGUACUUCAAGAUCAACAAUGGUCGAUUAAACUACGAGGGCGAGGUAUCCGAUGUGCGGAAUGGACGGCUACGACUGGAUUUUAUCAAGGGAGCCUUGGAUAAUCCCAAGAUCAAUGCCUUUGCCUUGCUCAAAGGAGAUGUCUCCCAAUUGCCGCGGCUGCAUGGCACCGAGGCGAGUGAAAAGAUCAAGCCGGAGGUCAAGCAGAAUGCGGAACAGAAGCCAGGUCAUCAGGUGGAGAGGGUGGUGCGCAACCAGCGGGAAGAUAUCGAUGAGGACGACGAAGAUCUGGACGACGAGGAGUUUGAGGAGGAAUUGCCUGACCAGCAGCACACCGAUCAGCUAAGCAGUGAUCAGCCAUCUCAGCAAUCGGCGGACUCCAAGCGAUCGUAUAGCGGGCCACGUCAGCCCAAUCCGUACUCCAUGGAUGACUCCUCCAUUUUGCUGCCGGUUUUCAUUGCCAUUGGGGCCUUUAUACCGCUGCUGUUCUGCCUCUGCAAGCUGUGAUCCCAAUCCGUUGCCCACUCAACGAUUUCGGCCUGCGUUGAUUUCCUGCUUUGUGAUUUUGUGAUUUUGAUAAAAGACUUAAUUGUAUACUUAUCGUUUAGUUCGUACGUUAGGCAUACCCUAGAGAUCGAUUCCCUAGAUCCCAAGACGCACAGCUCUCUCUCUAUCGCCCUGUACUUUCCAUAUUUGAUAAGCCUUUUUUCGUGUUCCUUUGGUUAACCACUGCCGUCACAGGCACGGGUACUUAAUCGUUGAGUCACUUUAUUUAUAUUCCUGGACUUUUGAUUGCUUGACUCGGGGAAUGUGCGCACAAAUUGUAAGCGGUUCGCGGGACAGUUUUGCUUGGAAACUGUUAAUUUUGAAUGAAACUAAAUAAAAUAAACUUUGUUUGUUAUUGAA